AUGGUGUGGGGCGCGGACAAGCCCUUCUUGACGAAGCUGGCCAUCCGGAGGUGGCAGGCGCGCUUCCCCUUCUGGCCGCCCCCCGACGCCUCUCCAGUGACGCCCAUCGAGCCCUGGGGCAAGCAGUUCUUUGCGGCUCGGCAAUUCGAUUCGUUCGGACAGCUUCACAACGUGGACGUGCAUGGACUGCGAGGGAUGUGGUUCAUCAUUUACCCGGGCAAUCCUCGGCCCGAGUGA